UAGUAUUUCGUACAUUUCAGCGGCACUUUUCUUGCUCUCAGCGUCUUCCCCUUCACUGCGACUAUCGAUUCUUCACCACUUCGCCACCGCCUCCGCCAUCGCCGACGUGACAAGACAAAUUCAAACAGUAAUCAUCAAAAGUAAGAUGGAUAAGCUCUCGAAUUCCUUUUCGUUGCUUGAGUUGGACGCUGAUGAUGCUAAGGAACACAUUCCAACUGCCACCGCUGCGGCUGAUAGUUGUGAAACGAGAGAUAGCGGUAAAGGAGUAGACAACGGCUUAGAAGAUGGAACACUGUUGGAAAAGGAGAGUGUGGAGCAACAAACCUCAGAACGUAUUGUGGGAGAUUACAAGAUGCCACUCGUGUGGAUUGACCUGGAAAUGACUGGUUUAAACAUUGAAGUUGAUAGAAUCCUGGAGAUUGCCUGUGUGAUCACAGAUGGAAAUUUAACCAAGUCUGUUGAGGGUCCAGAUUUGGUUAUUCAUCAACCAAAGGAGUGUCUAGACAAAAUGGGAGAAUGGUGCCAAGAACAUCAUGCAGAAAGUGGUUUGACAGAGAAGGUCCUUCAAAGUACAAUAAGUGAACAAGAAGCUGAAAAGCAGGUUAUUGAAUUUGUGAAGAGACACACGGGAACAGCAUAUACACCUCUGCUUGCCGGAAAUUCUGUGUACAUGGAUCUUAUAUUCUUAAGGAAAUACAUGCCAGAUUUGGCUGCCUUUUUCUCUCACGUUCUUGUUGAUGUCAGCAGUGUCAAGGCAUUAUGUCUCCGUUGGUACCCAAGAGAUCGUAGAAAGGCUCCUCAAAAGGAAAAUAAACAUAGAGCAAUGGACGACAUCAAGGAAAGCAUAGCAGAACUUAAAUUCUACAAGGAACAAAUAUUCAAACCGAAGUCUAGGAAAUGAGGGAGAUUCGACAUCCUGGGUUCAAACUUCUUUUACUACACAAGCAUCAGCUGCUGCAGUUGUGGUUAAAGAAGAGAAGAAUUGUGUGCGUGUAUUGGUCUGACGGUAAGUGGUUAAUGUCCAAGGCCUGAGAUUCUGGAUUCAAGUCCACCGUAGUGCUAUCUUUAAAUUUCUUUAUUUACUUGUGUAAUUUAUCAAAGGAAAAAAAAAAUGGAAGAAUUGCACUUUCUUUUAUGGGACGUGUAUUGAAAUGUUAUGUACAUAUGUGCUUCUGACAUGGGGAGUCAGAGAAGUAGCGUGCAACUCUACAAGUGAAGCAUAAGCAAGCCGUUUCUCCAGACUUGUGUUUGUUUAUGUUUUAUCUUUGUAUUCUAGUUUGUUUCGAUCAAUUUUUGUGCAAUAGAAUGAUUUACACUAAUUGCAACAUCAA